GUACCGAGCUGACAGCACCUGGAUGACAGCAUGGAUAACAACACGCACACCUCCACACACACACUGCCUGCUGCCUAUAAAAUCACAGACACACACAACGAGCUGCUUACUGCUGACUGCCGGAGCUUUCAACCGGAACCAUGGGCGUCAUCAUCUCACACAUCUUCUCCAGGUUCACCUCCAAGAGACCUGUCAGGAUUUUAAUGGUGGGUCUGGAUGCAGCAGGUAAAACCACUCUGCUGUACAGACUGAAGCUGGCCGAGGUCGUCACUACCAUCCCGACUAUUGGUUUUAAUGUAGAGACAGUGGAGUACAAGAACAUCAGUUUUACAGUUUGGGAUGUUGGUGGUCAGACUAUCAUCAGACCUCUGUGGAGACAUUACUACACUAACACACAGGGUCUGAUAUUUGUGGUCGACAGCAACGACCCAGAGAGGAUUAAAGAAGCUGCCAACGAGCUGCACAUGAUGCUGGAAGAGGACGAGCUGAGGAGCGUGGCUUUACUGGUGUUUGCCAACAAACAAGAUUUGCCCAGAGCCAUGUCUGUCAGUGACAUCACAGAGGCCCUGGGCCUAUCAGCAGUCUCACGGCCGUGGUUCGUCCAGUCUGCCUGUGCCAUCAGUGGUACAGGUCUGGUCGAGGGUCUGGAUUGGCUCUCCAACCAGAUCCUACAACAGUAGACGCUGAUGUGAUGCACCGGUGUUCUGCUUUAUUUUGUUUCCUGCUCAAUCUUCAAACACGUCUGGCAGUCUGCCGAGCCAGUGAAUCCAGGACAACAAUGAAGGAUCCCUCGUAGCUUUGACAUGUUAAAAACACCUCGAUCACAAAGACAUGUCACUGCUGCGUUCACAGCACACAGAAGAUCCUGUAGAUCUCAGCUUCCUUCUGGAAGAUCAGUUUGAAAUUCAUUACCUCAAAGUGCUGUUACACUGCAGCGAAUGCCGUGAAAAGUCACAAAUAUCUGUGCCUGCAAAUCUUUCCUACAUGUGUUGCUUAAUUUUUAAAUUGGCUAAGGCCAAGGCCGACAAUCAUGUGUUGUUUAAUGUUUGUUAAAACCAAUGUGAUGUGAACAGAUCUUUGGUCGUGGAGCUCUGACAGUCAGUCAGUGUCGAGAAGUGUCAAUGAAUGUCAAAUCAGACAAACAUCACGAUAAUUCAUUGAUUGCGAUUUAUAAAAUGACACUGCAGCACAUAAGUCAAAUGUUUCAUUGCUAAAAUCAAAGCAUUAAAAUGCUCAUCAGGUGUGACCACAUAUCAAACCUAUAUAUAUUUUAUUUUGUGUAACAGAAGUAUCCGAUAGUCCCACAAAUGUUUCUUGGGAACAGGUGGACUAUCUUUAUGAGAAAAAUAUUUAACUGCACUGAUUGUCUUCUUCUUUUCAUCUGUUUACAAAUGAUUGUACUACAGAUGUUAAUAUUCACUUCAUCUGUCAGUGAUUCUAAACUUAUAUUCUUAAAGUACUUUUACUAGCCAACUUUGUGUUUCUAGUUGAUGUCCUGUAAGUUAAAUUUGUACUUAAAGAGGAGUCCUUUUUUUUUCUUGCUAUUUGGAUAAUCACUUAUUUCUGUAACAUUAUUCUAUUAUUACUAUGUAAUACAUAAUAAGUCUUAAUGAACAUGUAUAUUUUUUAUUAAUUUAGUUUAUAUUUAUUUUAUAAUAAAUUUGUUGUGGUGA